ACCAGAGAGAUGCAGUUGUAUCAUCACAGCAUCUGCAGCAUGAUGAAUGCUCCAAUCUUUGCUUUGUACUUCACGUGUCUGUUGGUGGAGAAUAAGGCUCAUCUGGCAGCUCCUGAUGGAGGAAGUGUGUCUCUGGAGUGCCUCUGUAAGGAUGGAGUAGAAGUGAUGUCGUACUGGUAUAAACAAAUCCUGGGAAGGAGCCCAAAACUGAUGUCCACGUUCUACAAGAAUAAGAAUAACAGCGUCUUUGAGGAGGAAUUUAACAACUGGCGCUUCUCUCCGGAUACUAGAAACACUGGAAAGCUCAUGCUGGAGAUAUCAGACUUGAGAACAUCAGACUCGGCUACUUACUACUGUGCAAUGAGUAAUUUAUAUGACUUUGAAUUUUGUGACGGCACCACAGUCAGUGUGAAAAGUUCAGGCUUGAGCUUCCAGACUUUGGUCCAUCAGUCUGAGACCAUCACGGCAGAAGUUUCUGAGACUCUGAACUGUGCCGUGUAUGCUGGUACCCGUGAUGCAGAACAGGGUGUUUACUGGUUCAAGGCCAUUCAUGAAUCCCAUGUAGGAAUCAUUCACACCCACGGAGACAGGAAUGAUUGUGUCUACGACCUGCCGAUGAAGAACCUGAAAGUGUCUUGUAGUGGGAUCGUCUACUGUGCUGUUGCCUCAUGUGGACGCAUGUUGUUUGGAAACAGGACAAAACUGGACUCUGAAGAUGAGGUGGAAUUUCAUGCCUUGGUGUACGUAUUGAGUGGAGCUUUGGCAUUUGCCACCAUGCUGGCUGUUAUAUUGACUUUCUUAGUGUACAAACUAAGCCAAAGAAACUGCCUGGAUUCAGCGACCUCUCUGGGCCCACAGUUCAGGUGUGAUGGAGAGGACCUUCACUAUGCUGCUGUGAGGGAUUUCAAGGCCAAUGAAGCCAGAACACAGAAACAUGACACCGAUAGUAAAUGUGUGUAUUCCAGUGUGAAGCUGUAGGUGUAAACAUCAUCUUACAUUUGAUCCAAACUCUUCUGGAAAAUUGACAUUUAUUUUCAUUUAAUUAAAAUCUCUUUCUGCAGUAAAACUGUAUCAUCUUCCUGUUAUCCUGUUCUUUUGCUUAUGAUAAGAGUGAAUAAAUGGAAUACUAG